AUGACCGAACGACUCACCGAUGAGCAGGUCGCCGGCCUGCUGGCUCUCUUGAAGAAGGACGCCCCGAUCGAUGCGAAGGUCCAACAAGUCACGGCUAUCAAGUCGGGCAUUAAACAACACAAUGUACCUGACAGCUGCGUCGCGCCGCUCUUCGAAGGCCUGCGACUGGCCUCGAGCUCACAGCACUCUGCGCUCGUCAAUGCGGGCUUUACCGCGCUGAACCAUCUGCUUACGCGUCUGUCGCGACAAGAGCCUAAGUACCUCAGCAGAGAGGCGAAACAAACCCUUCCUCUCAUCGUCGACAAGAUGGGCGACCAGAAGGACAAAUUCCGAACGUUGGCGAUACAAGCGAUGGCCACCAUGUACACUCAAGUGCCAAUGGACGCCGAGAGAUUUGUGCGCAAUACCGCCAUGGUUGGUAAGAACCCGAGGGCGAAGGAGGCGAGCAUGCAAUGGUUGCUCCAGAUGCACAAUGAAAACGGCCUACAGUUUCGCGCUUACGUACCAACCUUGAUGGAGCUGCUGGAAGAUGCCGAUGGCAUGGUUCGAGACACUGCGAAGACAACGGUCAUCGAAUUGUUCAGAGAUGCGCCCAACGCGGCCAAGUCGGAUUUGAAGAGACAACUGAAGAACUUCAAAGUGCGACCUGCUAUAGAAUCGGCCAUCGUAAAGGAAUUGGCGCCCACCUCCGCCAAGACGGAUUCACCCUCGCGGCCAGUCUCAGUGAUGCAGACGAGGCCAAACCUCGCAGCCAGCGUUUCGUCCCUUGCUAGCGAGAGACCGACGACCCCAGCGCCAGAAGCGAAGACUGAAUCAGUCGAGCCCACCUACGUUAACACCCAACGAGAGCUUGAUGAUAUCUUUAAGGGAAUGCAUAUGUGGUUCGAAGGCAAGGAAACCGAGCAAAACUGGUUGAAACGAGAAGAGAGCGUGACCAAGUUAAGACGACUUAUUGCAGGCAAUGCGGCUUCUGACUUCCCUGACGCUUUCGUUGCUGGUUGCCGAGCUCUGUUGGAUGGCAUCAUCAAGGCCGUCACCUCUUUGCGGACGAGUCUGUCCAAGGAGGGAUGUGCUCUUGUCCAGGACUUAGCCAACACUUUCGGCCCCGGGAUUGACCCCAUGGUGGAGUUGCUCAUGCAAACCUUCAUCAAGCUGUGUGCAGCUACAAAGAAGAUAGCCUCUCAGCAAGCAAACACAACAGUCGACACUAUCAUUGGCAGGACGACCUACAAUGCUAGGAUCAUGCAACACAUAUGGGGCGCCUGCCAGGAUAAGAAUGUACAACCACGAACGUAUGCUACAGGAUGGCUGACGACGUUGCUCAAGAAGGAGAUGCAUCACAAAAGCCACCUCGAACAUGGUGGGGGCUUGGAAACGACCGAGAAGUGCAUAAAGAAAGGCCUUAACGAUCCGAAUCCGGGUGUACGUGAAGGAAUGCGCGCCACAUACUGGAUAUUCGCACCCGUCUGGCCAGCAAGAGCUGAAGCUCUCAUGGAUGCGCUUGAUGCUACCGCGCAGAAACUGCUGCAAAAAGACCCCAACAAUCCUAACGCGACAAAGAAAGUUGAUCCAGCGCCACGUCCUGAAAAAGGCUUUGGCUUCGAGGAAUUUACCCCCGAGACCAGGCUCUGCCAUGGCAAGUAUAUCACCUGUCCGAACAGUUUCGGGUUCAUCAAACUCUUCCUCCGCGGCGUCGACAUCUACAUCGGCGUCAACCCGAACUCGUACAGAGGCUGCAGUCAAAUCCCACGGUGGACCCAUGAUGGACCAUCGACCGAGCGAGCCAGUCCAUCUGAAAGCGUGAGAUCUAAGACUUUCACGCCGAAGACGAUCUCGGGGUCCCCUAGAAGGACGGCACCGAAAACUCGGCCCGGUCAUGUUGCAACCGCCAGUGAGUCCAACGUUCCGACGCCUUCAAAGGUCGCGGCGAGUAAGGCAGCCGCGUCCCCUCGCGUCAGUCCAGCGAAAGCGAAACCCACCGUCAACGGCUUCAACUCCAGCAGCCCUUCAAAAGCCAACGAGGAGCUCACUCUUCUUGUGCCAAAUGUUUCGGAUUUGAAGGAGAGCCUACAGCCGUCAUCUUCACCGAAAGCGUCUCCACAGGCAGUCUCUCCGAGGGCGGACUCUCCAAUGGCGCCCGCUUCAAAGGCGUCCUCGUUGCAGGAAUCUUCGUCUCAGGCUUCCUCUCCUCGGGCUUCUUCUCCUCAGGCUCCCUCACAGCAGCCGGCCUCACCACAGCCACCGGUCGAAGAGGAAGAGGACGAAGAUCAUACAAUAAUGCCUGCUUCUGCAACUACGACACCGUCAAAGGCACUUAAAGUAUACGAAGAUCCGUUCACAGAGGAUCAAACGACUCCACGUCCGACAUCAAACGGUGCAACAGGAAGGCCUGUACUUGAGGACAAACCGGUCAACGAGGAUGCAGCGAACAUUACUCUUGUUCCUACGGAAACCAAUGAUGCCCCUAUGAGCCCGAUUUUCUCCCCUGGCAAGAGCCGACAGAACUCUCGUUUACUCGAUAGUGGUAUAGCUCGCGUGAAGGCUCAGACUCUGGACGUGCACGGGUUUCGCAAAUUGCAGAGCCUCAUCCGUGACAAGAAACUGCUCUUCGGCGAUGCCAAGUACGAUGCCCUAUUGGUGGGCUUAUUUGAAUAUCUGGAAUCUCCUCUCGACAACCUUUCCACCGAGAAGGUCCAAGAUGUAAAAGCGCAAAUUCUCGCCACCAUCAAACUCCUCCUCAAGAAGGAUCGUGACAGCUUCCAGCCUCAUGUGUCACGGGGCCUCGAAGCCCUGCUUGCUGCGCGAACUUUCUACGAUGCUCGUACACAUAUAGUGAGCGGGCUCGAGCUAUUGGCAGAUGAGUUGGUGUCCAUUGGCGAUGCCGAUGAGAUCACAGUGACCAUGACGCGGAACCUCACUCAGAUGGAUCUGGACACCAAGGGCUACCGCAGCUUGAGCAUGGGCUUGCAUGUCCUGAAGGAGCUUAUCGACUCGAGAACAUCCUUCGUACCUAACGACAGUGAGAUUGGUGGCCUAACAAGUCUCGCGAGCCGCUGUCUGGAAAGCAAAGAGAGCGGCGUCAGAAUGGACGCCGUCCAGCUCUGUGUCGCGCUACACGCCCGCCUGGGCGAGACCAAGUUCUGGGGGAGCCUGACGGGUAUCAAGGACGACCCCAAGAACCUCAUCACCUACUACGUCGUGAAGCGACAGCGGGAAACCGGCACCGGGCCUGCUUAG